AGUUUACUGUGUGAAGAAAUAUAUUGGCAGUACCUCUCGCGUGAGUGCAUCUCUGUUCAUGUAGGCCAGGCGGGUGUCCAGAUGGGGAACACCUGUUGGGAGCUCUACUGUUUGGAACACGACAUUCAGCCAGAUGGUCAAAUGCCCUCUCAAAAAUGCAUUGGUGGCCAUGAUGACUCCUUCACCACAUUCUUUAGCGAGACCGGGGCUGGAAAAUACGUCCCAAGGGCAGUCUUUGUUGACCUGGAACCGACGGUUGUUGAUGAAGUGCGUACUGGUACAUAUCGCCAACUCUUUCACCCUGAGCAGCUGAUUUCUGGAAAAGAAGAUGCAGCCAACAAUUACGCCCGUGGACACUACACUAUUGGGAGAGAGAUAAUUGACUCUGUUCUCGACAGGAUCCGCAAACUGUCUGACCAGUGCACUGGUCUCCAAGGCUUCUUGGUCUUCCACUCGUUUGGUGGCGGCACCGGCUCUGGUUUCACCUCCCUCCUCAUGGAGCGACUUUCUGUUGAUUAUGGAAAGAAAUCAAAACUUGAGUUUGCAAUCUACCCAGCUCCUCAAGUUUCUACAGCUGUGGUAGAGCCCUAUAACUCCAUUCUAACCACUCACACCACCUUGGAGCACUCUGACUGUGCUUUCAUGGUGGACAAUGAAGCCAUUUAUGACAUCUGUCGGAGGAACCUCGACAUCGAACGUCCAUCUUACACCAAUCUCAACCGCCUUAUCAGUCAGAUAGUGUCUUCCAUCACAGCUUCUCUUCGCUUUGAUGGAGCCCUAAAUGUUGACCUGACUGAGUUCCAGACCAACUUGGUGCCCUACCCUCGUAUCCACUUCCCUCUGGCCACAUAUGCGCCAGUUAUCUCUGCGGAGAAGGCCUACCAUGAGCAACUCUCUGUGGCUGAAAUCACCAACGCCUGCUUUGAACCAGCCAAUCAGAUGGUCAAGUGCGAUCCUCGUCAUGGUAAAUACAUGGCCUGCUGUCUGCUCUAUCGUGGUGAAGUAGUACCCAAAGAUGUUAAUGUGGCCAUUGCUGCCAUAAAGACCAAACGCACCAUCCAGUUUGUGGACUGGUGUCCCACUGGUUUCAAAGUUGGAAUCAACUACCAGCCUCCAACUGUAGUUCCUGGAGGAGAUCUGGCAAAAGUGCAGAGGGCUGUGUGCAUGCUAAGCAACACCACAGCCAUUGCUGAGGCAUGGGCCCGUCUGGAUCACAAAUUUGAUCUGAUGUAUGCCAAAAGAGCCUUUGUGCACUGGUAUGUGGGAGAAGGAAUGGAGGAAGGGGAGUUCUCUGAGGCCAGAGAGGAUAUGGCAGCUCUGGAGAAGGAUUAUGAAGAGGUUGGAAUUGAUUCCUUUGAAGAUGAAGGAGAGGGAGAAGAAUAUUAG